ACUCUAUCCUCUAUCAAUUACCAGUUGCUGCUUGUGCGCACACCUUGCCCGCGCUACUUCGAGGCUCUGCAYGAGGUGUACGAGCUGCCUGAGGUGAAAAAGGAAAUUGAGCCGUACCUGGACAUGUUUAAGGAGCUGGCAGCGCACACCGGCCUCAGCUUCAAUGAGCCGGAGGAUGUGCAGUCGCUGUAUCUGACGCUGCUCGCGGAACAGGAAUGGGGCCUGGAUUUGCCGGAAUGGACGAAGCAAUAUUUUCCGGAGAAAAUGCAGUUCCUAACUGAGCAGAGUUAUGUGUACAAUGUAUAUACGCCCGAGAUGCAGAAGAUCAAGGCGGGCCCAUUCCUCAAGAAGAUGUUCGACGAGAUGCAGCAGAAGCGCAACGGCACCCUGAAGCCCGAGAAACGCAAGCUGUUUAUUUAUACGGGCCACGACUCGACUGUGGUUAAUGUGCUGUCUGGCCUGAAGAUCUGGGAGCGCCAGCUGCCGCGCUACUCGGUGAUGGCACUGUUUGAGCUGCACAAGAACAAAGAGACCGGUGAUUACUGGGUGGAGAUUUAUUUCCGCAAUAAUCCCAAGGCGCCGGCACAAAAGCUAACCGUGCCCGGCUGCGAGUUCCAGUGUCCGCUGGACAAGCUGCUCGAGCUGGCCGCAGAUGUGGUGCCCACCGAGGCGGAUGCCAACCGCUGCGAUGCUCAGAACGAGCAGUUCACCGAGCCGCCACUGCGUGGCCCAUAGAAUGUGCCCGAUAGAUGGCCCCGGGCCAGUUUCCUUUUUGGAAUCGAACGAGUGCUGCUAUAACUCAGGGAGCUUCAAGYUAGYUAAGUCGAACGUUUUAGUUUAAGGCCAAACUGUUUAUACUUAUCAUUAAAGAUCGAGUCGAGGAAUUGUCA